AUGCGCAUCAAGUCUCCAUGCAUCAUGAAGAGAUCUGUACCUAAGUCUUUGACAAUGAGUUCUCAGAAAGUUAAUACUCUCCUCGAAGAGCUCAUCAAUAAUUUGAAACAUUGCAUUAAUGGGCUGAAAAGCCCGCUGGUUUCAUCUGAGCUCGAGAACGCCCUGCACAACCAUGACAGACUACCUGAUCAGCAGGUUGGGAAUCUAUCUGCUACAGCUGUUGAUUUAUUAGGUGAAGCAGAGUUACUCCUCAAACCCGGCCAUUUGAUUCUGGCAGGGCAUUUCCUGGGCUACACUGACACAAAAUGUCUCCUUGCUGCAGUGCAGCUCCGUAUUCCCGAUACCCUCACCGGGGGUCCUCUUACUCUAGACGAAAUAGCAACUCGCUGUUCUGCCAACCCCAUCCGGCUAAAGCAAAUUCUUUGCUCGCUCUACAAUAAUGGCAUAUUCGCUUGGGAUGCCGCGACGUGCACUUACGCGAACAACCACGUCUCUCGGCUCCUCCUCGCCGACCAUCCAACCCAAUGGCACAAUUGGGUUGACCUGUACGGGCAAGAAUUCUACGAUAUUGCGAGAGGAAUACCAGGCUCGGUACGGGCGGACUCACAGAGAACUGCGGCACAAAUAAAUUUCGAUACAGACCAGAACAUGUUUGCUUAUUUUCAGCAACAUGGUCUUGUUCCGCGUCUGCAUCAAACUCUUGGGGGUGGUGCUGCCGCUAUGGCUCCGGGAAUACUAGAAGACUAUCCUUGGGGCGAAAUCGCAGAUAGAACUAUCAUGGACGUAGGAGGUGGAAGUGGUGCGAUGCUGACAUCUCUCCUCCGAAGGUUUCCGGGUAUGAGAGGAGGCGUGUUUGAACUAAAACACGUUAUCUCUCACAUUGGCCCAUUCUUCAGGGCCGGAGGCCAAUUCGAAGAUAUAGGCGAUCGCGUUCCGGAGGGAAACCUCAUCUCUGGGAAUUUCUUAGAAGCUGUCCCAGCGUCUGAGGUGUACAUCAUGAAAUGGGUAUUGCAUGAUUGGGGAGAUGAAGAUGCUGUGGCGAUUCUUAGAAAUAUUCGUAGGGCUAUCGUUGAGAAUAGGGACGGAAGCCGUUUGAUUCUACUUGAGUCGAUACUAGCUGACGGGCGAUCAGCAAGGCUAUCUCGAUUAGGGGACAUCAACAUGAUGACGAUGACGGCUCACGGCAUGGAAAGAUCAGAAGCCGAAUGGAGAACCCUGGCAGAAAAGGCGGGUUGGAAUCAUUUCAGAGUAUUUAGAUUGAGACGAUCAUGGGUGGAUGCGAUUGAACUGAAACCAUAG